CGAAACACUAAUCGCACAUAACAAGUUGAUUAACAACCACCUCUCCUCUGAUCCAACCUUUAUAAUCAAUGUCGUACUAAUUGAUUGAGCUUUGAACAAUCUAAACUCAGAGUCCUCCUCUCCCCCGUAUUUUGUAGUUUCAAAAUUGCAUUUCUCCCUCGAGGAAGAAGGAGGGGGAGGAGGAAAUUACAGUAAAAAUUAAAAAGGAAAAAGAAAAAAGAAAAUGGCUUAUCAAUCAGAUGAUCGUUUUGUGAUGGGUUUUCCAUCCGCAAAGCCAAACCAACAACUACCACCUCCGGGUUACCCCGUGCCCAUGCCGGUUCAACCCGGAGCAUAUCCUCCUCCUCCGCCGGCCGGAUUCAACGGCGGCUAUCCGGCGCCCAGCGGCUCCAAAAACUAUGUUUCUCCUUCAUUUAACGUUUGGUAUGACUCAAGAAAUUAUGGGCAGGUGGAUUGGGCCGGCCCGGAUGAAGAUAACGGAAAGAAAUUCGGGCGAGUGAUGCUGGUCACCAUGGUGACAUUGAUUGUGAGUAUGUGUAUGGUGAGCUUCGUGAUCUGGUUCCUUUUCGGCAUGGAAAUCCCAGAAUUCCAUGUCGCCAAUCUCGCUGUUUCCAAUCUAACCGUAACGGAUACUUUGAUUGUGGGGAAUUGGGAUGCUAACGUCACCGUUUACAAUCCCAAUGAGGAUGUCAAAGUUUCUUUAGAGCCCGUGAGGGCUUCUCUGUUCUACAAGAAUUCCCCACUGGGAAUGGCUUCCGUUGAGCCAUUUAAUCUGCAGGGGAAGCGAGUGUAUAACCUUGGAAUUAAUUUGGACAACGAGAAGGCGGUGUCGGUGCCGAUUUUGUCAGAGCAAAUGAACGCUGAUCUGAAAAACGGGUUUCUGUACGUCAGCUUGAGGAUUAGUUUGGGGGCCAGAUUUGCGUCCAGUUCCAUUUGGAGGAAAGAAACUUUGAGGGUUUUUUGUGAAGAUUUGAAGGUGAAAUUAGCACCGGGAGGAGAUUCUGGAAAAUUAUCAGAUGAUGCCCAGAUUCAGACUGAAUGUCUAAUAUUUACCUAAAGGAGAACCAAACUUUGUAAAAGAUUCCAUCUUUUUUUGGUAAGUUGGGGGUUGAGGAUCCAUAAUUGUGACAUUUUGAACAGAUUUUUUAAUGUGAAAAAGAAAAAUAUCCCAGUGAUUUCACUUCACUAGUUUGAUCACAUUUUUUGAGCAUGAACAUCGACUAAUAUAAGAUGAUACACUGUGGUUGAAUACGAAAUUUUCUUGGUACUUCUGACAAAACGAGAGUUUUUCAAGGGUGCUGCGGAACGAUGUUGGAGGAAGGGGUCAUCAUGUGAUUUUGUUGAAAAGACAUUUUUGAAAAUUAUGAAAUCCAAACGUGUGAAGAAUUUAGCAAUGCCUGUGCAUAAUAACUCUGAUUAUGGACUUUUUGUAAAUAAAAAAUAUAUAUAUGCGGGUAUGAUUUUGCAAUCUUUCUUUAUUUUAUUCCCACCUCGGAACGUAGAAAAUAGUCUGGGCUGGCCCUCAUGUACAAAGUUAAUGACUAGCCUGUUUGUAUAGUUCAACAAUUGAAUACCUAUUUCCUAGUUACGUAUUCUUGUUUUGCUGAUUCAGAUCAAGUCGCACGUACAUUUUUAACAAUUCAAGUGCGUACUUCAACGGAAUGAUGUGUAAAAUUGUCUUCGUCUCAAAAUUAUGAACAUCAUUAUAUUAUAUAUAAACCGC